AUGGUGGACGGCACCAAAGCCAAAGGAAACGCCGCAUUCCCCACCGGCGACUUCACCACCGCCGUCCGCCAUUUCUCCGUCGCCCUCGCCCCCUUCAACCACCAUUGGACAUUACACCGAGGAUUUGGACAGCAGAAGUAUCCUGCGGCUAUGAAUACAGAAGCUAUAAAAAGGAACCCAAAAGAUGAUCCUAAGGUAAUUAUACUCAUUGACAAGCGAUCAUAA